UGUGCUGGGUAUUUUUAUGUGCACAGAACCUCCUGUCAAAGGCAUUGUCAGACAAGAAAAUUGGAAUGGCUUCACAGAGCUGUUCUUGGCCCAGUGACCCAGCUGUUUGGCUUUUCCAGUCACCAUCACCACCAGGACUCCAAAGGCUCCCCAAAACCCCUGGCUUGUAUUGAAAGUGCAAUCUUUGUUCUUGCUGCUGGGGAGGAACGUCCCUGUUCUCCACAGGUUCUGAGAACAGAUCCUUAAAGGGUUUGGUUUCAGUCUGGCCAAUUCCUUGUGGUUCUGUGCCACAUUGCACUGAAGCUUUUACAGUGUGUGUUACUGUAUCCCACUGGUAAAUAAAAAAGCACUGCACCUUUAGCUGUGGUCAGCACAAUGGCAUCAGUGUUAGAGUAGUUACUGGUUUUUACUUGGCAGCAAAUGCUUUUGGUAGAGCAGCACUGUAACCCAGUCUGUGGGGAAGAGCAGGACACUUAAAAAUCUGCAUGUAUUCUAACUGAAAAUCCUUUUUAUGUCUGUAUUUCCUACUGACUACUAGCAGUUUUCUUCCUUUUGGAAAAUAAAAAAAGUCUUCAGUUGGAAUUAAAUUAGGCUGUCUUCAUAUUCAAAAAUACUGAUUCUGUUGAAUGUCAACCACUUAAUUAAAAAUGCUGGUUUCUUCUCAGAAGUGAGAGGUGCUUCUUGAACACAGGGAUGAGGCAGCAGAGACCACUUCUUCCUGUAGUAAUUAGGUAAAUUGAGAGAAUUUACACAUUCUUUAUUUCAGCACUGUUGAGGCCACAGUUCCAAAGCAUGACAUGAUCACAAUUUGUUAUCUAAGAGUGCUGAAUACCCAAUUCAGGCUUUGGGCAUCUCAGGGAGAUACUUCAAGCUGGAAUAAAGCCACAUGCCUUGACUAAACCUAGUUAUAUUGUGCAGACUGAGCUUAGCUGAGGACCUGGCCCUUAACUGUUCAGAAGUAUUAAUGUAUUCAAAAUUGUACUUUUUAUUACUGUCCUGUGCUGUGUCCCCCUACUGCUGUAUGUAAUUGAUUCUUUGCACUGUUUAAUUUGCAACUUGUUUGUAGAUUUCAGUAUAAAAAUAGUUUUCUUUUUAAGAUUAUGUAGGAACUUAUAUUGUAUGUGAGUUUAUUGCAUUCUGUACCUUCAAGGUUUACAUCCCUCAAAAGCCAUUUUGUCUGCUACAAACUGCUGUAAUCCUUUGAGCACCUCCAGCCAUCUUCUCUUUCUAGGGCUUUUGUAGUUAAACAGAAUGGAUUUUUAUUUUUGUAGCUUGUAACUUCAGUAUGUAUAGUAAUUGUUUAGUAAGUAGUGAUCAGAAUACUGUAAAAAUGUUGCUUUUAAGAGCUGUAACUUUAAAUUAGUAGUAACUACUUACAAGAAAAUAUCAACAUGUUAACAGUAUAAAAAAUAUUCUUCAGUUUCACAUGCUGUGAUUCUGCCACAUGGGGUUUAUAUUGAAUGUGUUUGUUUAUAUGUUCUAAAGUGGCACUAAACAAGGAAAAUAAGAGCCUUAAGUGCAAGAAAUAGGUCAACAAAUAAAUUUUAUAACAUUUUAGGCAGUUUUCAGUUGACAAAGGUGACAUUUGGAGUUUAGUAUUUUUUUUAUUUCCCACUGAGCAGUAAGAAAGGAGUGAUCAGUAUACUCUUGGCAGAUCAGUUGUUUCCUUAUGGUGUAGUUUGAGAUCUGUAUUAAGUGCCCAAAUGUCUGUGCCAUUCCUGCCCCUCAGAGAGCAGAACCCCAGAGCAAACCCCACAGCUUGCAGCUGUACAGUGUGUGAGAUCUUACUUGCCAUGAAAGAACCAGUUAGCAUGAUCUUGAAUCUCCAAAAUAAAUAUUGAAAUCAAAAUUGGCAAAUUUUUCCUUGGCACCAAGCCAUGCUUUCAAACCCAGAAAAACUGGUUUUCCUUUGGCUUUGAAGAGAAGGCAGGCUAAAAUGGGAGGGCAAGGAGGUAAUCCUGUAAAAGUCUCUGUUACAAAAGCUGUCUGGUUUAUUUGCUGCAGAGGCACAGUGAGUGCUUUUGUCUUAAAAACAUUUGUUGGUACAGUUGUUACAUGGGCAUGAUAUGGUGAUUUGGGUCAGGUUCUGAACUGCCCUGUUCUGUGGUUACUUCACACAGGGAAACUGAAAACUUCAGCUGGUUGUACCAUGGCCUCUCUGGGACUUACACUUCCAGAAGGGCUCUGUUCAGAAACAUCUGCUCCAUAUUCUCCAUAAAAACUUGUAAAUACAGAUUUUUCACAGCACUGGCUCUCUUGCUGUUAGAUGAAUUUCCUAAUUCAUCUGUUUGUCUUGUUAUUUGUUCUGUAUUUCUCUGUAUGUAGAUUUAAGGAUGUGAAUUAAAGUAUUUAAACUCAGUUUUUCCUUUUUCUCACUAUGCAUAAAAACAAAUGUGAGUCUUCAACUCUGCAAGAGCCCUGGGAUGAGGAUGACUGCCUGGGUCUGGGAGGGCUGCAGCCAGAUGAGCUUAGGCAUUUUGAGAACAAAGUUGUAUUUUGUUGAACUCUGUGGCCGUGCUUCUGCCUGAGAUUCCUGCUGCAGAAUUAGAGCAUCUCAAACCUCAAUACAUGGGUAAGAUUCUAGACAGCAUGAUAAUGUUAUUUAGAGGUAAAACUAACACUGGUAACCUGCAAAGAUCUCACCAGCUGCUUGUCCAGUCCUGGUUCAUUCUUCUCCACCCCGGGGAGGAGCUGAGUUCGUGUGGCUUUUCAAUAGGUGUGGUUAAAAUGGUUUGAAUUCCCAGGCUUCAACAGUAAUGUGGAAUGACCACGUUGUUCCUUCUCACCUUUGGUGCCACUGAUUUGGCAUCUUAAAACAGCUUCUGAUGCUGCACAUAAUUUACUCAGAGAGGGACAGAGCCCUGCAAAUGCCUUACCUGUCAUGAGCAUUUUUAAGCAGGAGUUAUAGCAGUAGUUUUGGUGUCACUUGAAACGAGAUGAGGCCAGAGGUGCUGUUGAGAGCAAGUCAGCAAAACUCACACGGGGCUUUCCUCAGCGAGGGGAAACGUGGCUGCUGGAGACCUUCAGGGAUCAAGUGGCUCAAUGCUUUCUCCUGAUGGCAGCAGAUGGGUUCGUUUGGGCCUUUGGAAGUGAAUAAAUCCUCCUGUGGGGCCACUUUAUCAUAGUGUCAGUUCCCUGCCCAAGUCCUCUCUCUUCCCUGCUCUCAUUUGCACAAAAGAGAGAAGGGCUCUGGCCUCUCAGCUCUUGUAUUGUGCCACAAUCAAAGCUUUUAAAGACUAUUUGUGUCUUGUUUUCCAUUCAGGAUGGGGUCAGAGCAUAGAUAUUCAGCAGGUUUUUUCUUAAAUGGGUAAUACAAUAGUUUCACAGAGCUUUCAGCAUCACUGGCACUAAUGUUGAUAACCAUCAAGGUUUAAUGCCUCUAAUGUUUUUAGAAUUGCUGGAGUGAGCCAUGCAGAGCACCGACUUGAGCCAGACUUUAGCCAAAAGUUGUGCAAGGAGUUUAGCACAGGAAAAUCCCUCCUUGCAGAAGAGCUGCAGGCAGACUCUGCCUGUGCAUCUGUGGGCAAUGUGAGAAGGCGCUGGUGACCGCAAGGUAACAGAUGGCCGGAGGGUCCGUGGCGAGCGCGGAACAAAGCGCUGCGCAUCCCGGGCCGUGCCACCCAGCCGUGCCGAGGGCCAUUGUCCCCGCCCGGCCGCGAAAUCCCCAUUCCACGCUUAGGAGCUGCAGAAAAGAGCCUCGCUCUCCCAGACCUGCAAAAGAGCAUCUCCCCAUGUCGUUGAUUGAAAAUAUGGAAAGGGCAAUGCAUAUAGAAAUCUAAUUAUUGGCAGGCACAGCCCGGCUUUUAGCAUGAUAAUUGCGGGCCAUGGAGCUUUCUUGUGCACGGACCCCUGAAAGAUAAUCAUGAAAGCAGAAGUUAAAACUAUUGAAUUUCCGUCAUUCAUUCAAAAUUCGCUUUGAUUAUGUUGACACGAUUUUUGUUUGUUCCUACACGGCGAUGAGAAGCUGUUAUUAAUCACUUCUAAAUAUUUCAGAGACAAAAGGAGCUGCCCGGCCGGGGCGAUGGGGACAGCGGUGCGGACAGGGAAGGUGACGGCGGGGUGUCCCUGCUGUCCCCAGUGCUAGGAAGAGGAAGGGGGAAGGGAAAGGGGAAGGGGAAGGGGGAAGGGGGAAGGGAUCGGUGCCGCCGCCCCCCGGGACCCCCAUCCCACCCCUCUCCCUCCCGCCGUCCUUAAAGCCCGGCCCGCGCCCGGCCGAGCCUCCAGCCCAUGGCCACGGAGCGGGGCUCGCCCGGGCUGCUGGCCCUGCUGCCAUCGCUGCUGCCAUCGCUGCUGCCAUCGCUGCUGCUGCUGCUGCUGCUGUCCCGGGCGGGCAGUGCCGACCGCUGCAGCUGGAGGGGCAGUGGUCUGAGCUGGGAGCCCCGCUCCCGUGCGGUGGAGCAGGUGCACCUGCGCUGCACCGAGGGCUCCCUGCAGUGGGUGUACCCAGCGCGAGCCCUGCGGGUGCUGCUGGAGCCCAACGUGGGGAGCGCCCAGCACAGCACGGUCUGCAUCAAACCCGCCAGCGACUUCCAGGGCGCCAGCAUCUACGUGGAGCGAGCAGGGCAGCUGCAGCUGGUGCUGAGCGAGGCGCAGGGGGCCCGGCCCCAGCACGUGUCCUGCUUCAGCUCCCCCAGCCCGCAGGGAGCCGCGCUGUUCCUGCAGGCCAGCCCGCAGAGGGACAUCAGCCGCCGCACCGCCAGCUUCCAGUACAAGCUGCUGAGCAACCAGAGCGCCGCCGGCCCCGACUUCCAAAAGACGGCCCUGCUGGAAGCUAUGUGCCGUCCUUGUAACAACAUGGAACUCCUUAUGGCCAUUUGCAGCAGUGAUUUUGUGGUGAAAGGAUCCAUCCGAAAUGUCUCCCACGACUCAGAGAACCACAUGUCCCAGGUCGAUGUCAGUGUCCAGAAAGUCUACAGGCAGAAAAACCAAAUUUUCCAGCAGGAGGAAGGGGGUGGGGAGUGGAGAGGCCCCAUCCAAACCCUUCUGCAGUGCAAGGUGAAGAAGGGAGGGGGAGAUUUCCUCUUCACUGGGAAUGAACACUUUGGGGAAGCCUGGCUGGGCUGUGCCCCUCGCUUUAAGGAUUUCAUCUUGGUUUACCAGGCUGCCAGAGAAAGGGGAGCCAACCCUUGUGAGUUUGAGCUCAACUGACAUCAGAGACACUGUUGCUGGAAGUUGAAAAAUUUCAGCCCAGUCUUUGGAUACUGAAUGUGGAGCAGAGUUAAAACCAAGGACUAAAGUUAACAAUCCCACCCAAACUGGGACCUGGAGGAUUUCCUGAAGAUAAUGGCUCUGUGAGCCCUGUGAUCUCAGACUUUGAACUCACAUUAAUUUCUCUUUCUUCAUUUUCUUUGCCUCACAAAAUAACUCUGGAUUUUGGAAAGACACUCUUUUGGGGAAGUUUAGAAAGCAGCCUGUGCUCAGUACUAGAAAAGUCUCUCUAACAUCUCUUGCUCUGUGUAAAUGUUAUGUGCUUUUUCUCUAGAUAUUUUUCUCCCUUCCCCAGUCUCUGCUUGAUUUCUCUUCCUUUACAGGCAAAUGUGAAAACUCUCUCUAACCUAGGAGGAAAAACAACCUCUAAAGCAAAAAAAUUCCUUUUCCUCACCAAGAACUACUUGAUUUUUAAAAUGGAACAUAGAUGCUCUGAAAAGCACAUGCUCUUUUCUGCCAUUGAAAAACAUUAAGGAGUUUAAUACAAGCACAGACAAAAUGCAACUAAGUCGCCUCCUUGAAGUUCUGUUGAACUAAUUUAGGAUCAAGAAUUGCUUAGAAUGGUAUUUUACCUAAAUUAUCUGCCUCUUUUCAAUCAGCUUUUAUUAUUUGAUUGCUGGCUCCUCCCACCCUCCCUUAGUGCUUUAGCCAGACUCACAUAAUUGCCUGUAUUUUAUGUAAAUGGAAUUGCUACACCAUAAAAUGAUAUACAAAUGUGUCUACCACACAGAGCCCAAUAAAUGGUGUGAAUAAACCCAUUAUUUCCCAUGUAAUGGCAUCUGAUUGCAGCCUGGGCAACACAGGGCUGACAGAUGUGAGCCCAUGACAGGGCCAGGAGAAAACUGAAUGAGGAGAACUCUGGCAGGCCACUAUUAAUUGACUUUUGGAAUGACUCCUCUUUUCUACAGUUCUACUUGGCUGAGCAAGAUUCACAAAUUGCUGUCUUGAACUUUUUUUAUGGGACAAAAUAGCUGCCAAUGAAAUGAGCUUUGAAUAGGAGUCAUACAAUGACCACACUGUGACAGGUUUUUUACUGACACUGAUUAUUUGAGAAGUAGCAGCCACUUAAUUGAGAGGGAAUUAGGAAUGGGGGAAGAAAUGGGAGGGAGUUAGAGGGCUGGGUACAGAAAUGCAGUCUGUUAAACACUAAGCAAAUACAAUUAUACUAAAAUGGGGAAGGUCUUGAUAAGGAUUUUUACAUAUAUUCACAGAGAGCAUAAUUUGGAGUCUAAGUCAGUUGUUCUUUUUGCUGUGAAAAUGUAUUCCCAAACCUAAAUCAAGAGGAAAUGUCAUUAGCAAGGAAGAAAACAGACCUUGUAUAAAUAUGAUCAUGCUGAUUUCCCUGGGGCUUCAGUACCUGCUCAGGCCUCUGGCUGUAGUCACAAUCAAGUUUACACAGGCUUAAAAAACCUCUUUGUCUGUCUUUGGAGGCAAAGGUCUGGCAGACCUAAUUGACCUCCUAAUCCCAAGGACAUCAUGAGACAAGUAAAGAUGAGGAUUUAGUUCUUGUAGUACCUAUCACACUGCUCAAGCAACACUGGGUGAGUCUGCAAAUUCAGAGUUUCUUCCCCAAAACCUUCCUCAGCUCAAUUCACUUGGAGAACUUUAGGUGGAAAUGUUUAACUUGUUUCAUGGAUGGUUUGUUUGGGCUGAUUUUUAAAUCUGCUGAGGCACCAGAGCAGCUCCCUGCUGAGUUGUUUUCCACUGGCCACAUGGGGAGGCAGCAGCUUGCAAUUCCUCUGGGUGGUAUCAGGAACCAUCACCUAUUGCUGCCUCCAGUGUAACUUGGACUGGCAGAUGCUGGAUGUCACCUAAGGCUUUUUGAAGCAAUCCCACACUGUGUCUUUGAUUGUCCAUCUCCCUGCAGCUGAUGACCAUGGUUUUGCUUACCCAAAAAGGUCUCCAGUUUCUGGGAAAGAUGAUCUCAUCCUCAGUGAGGAUGCAGCAUUACUGAUAAUGGGUGUGUGGCUCAGGGGAAGGAGGCAGUUUAGGACCAGUCCAGAGAACAGCACAGCUCUGCCUGCCCCUUCCCCAGAUCUCCCAUAACCCAGUGAGUGA